AUGGCGGUCCUCGAGGAAGAAGGAAACUUCCUUCAUGCACCAUCAGAUCAAAAGUAUGCGGCCCUCGAGCGAGCGUCCACCUCCUACAAACCCCACGAAACGUACGUGCUGGAAAAGGAAAAGCAUUACCAGCAACAAUUUGCGGACAUUUACUUCCUGCGCCUAACGAAGCUGAAGCCUGCUGUGGAGAAGAUUGCGUCUGAUGCGUGGGAAGAUUUCCAGAUUGCGGGGGAGACAGUGCAGAGGGUUGAUAGAGUGCUUGAUGUGAGGCAGGGGAAGCUAUGCUGGGUGAUUGGCACGAUAUACAUGGAAAUGCCACUGAAACCCAAUAUUCUGGAUGAUAUCUCGAAGGACCAUUGGAUCUCAGCUCCCCCUCCACGCCAAAAAUACAUAUCACCCUCAGGAGACGAUCUUAUAAUGCUGGAAGAUGAGUCGGGGCGGCUACGAUUGAUUGGAUCAUCAAUGUCAAACGAAAUGCUUGUUACAGGCUGUAUCAUAGCAGUUAUGGGCACCGAGAACGCGAAUGGAGAUUUCGAAGUCGUCGAUAUCAAAGUACCCGAUCUCCCACCUCAAUCCGAGCGCUGGCAUACUUCCUCCCCACCCUCCUCCAAGAACACAAAAGAUGAAGAGCACGAAGACGAAGAUAUGGACAAGCCCGAGCCAGUAAGCAAUGGCAAGAAGAUAGCUAUUGUCUCAGGUCUCAGCUUCUCCGGUACAGAUGCCUCCCACUCCCUCGAACUUAAUCUCCUCACCGAAUUCCUCCUCGGCGAAGCUCUUGAUCCCGUAACCCAAGAGACUGUAUCUCAAAUUAGCAGACUCAUCAUAGCGGGUAACUCGAUUGCUCUAGAUGCUGACUCUGUUUCCCAUGAUACUAUUGGCAACACGAGGAAGAACGCCCAUAAAAAAUAUGGUUAUGAUAGUAGCGCAUACAAUCCUGCACCUACCGCGCAUUUUGACAACUUCCUUGCGACUUUGCUGCCUAGCUUGCCGGUUACGUUGAUUCCUGGUUAUACGGAUCCUGCGAAUGUCAGUCUUCCUCAACAACCGAUACAUGCUGCUAUGUUUCCGCAAGCAAGAGCAUAUGGUGGCACACCACCUGCAGCAGGCGAGGAGAAACAGGCUGGUUGGUUCGACACCGUCACCAAUCCUUGGGAUGGCGAGAUCGAGGGUUGGAAGGUAUUGGGGACUGGUGGGCAAAAUGUCGAUGACGUGUUCAAGUAUGUGGAGAGUGAGGAUAGACUUGGUAUGAUGGAGGCAAUGUGUAGAUGGCGAUGUUGUGCACCAACUGCACCGGAUACAUUAUGGAGCUAUCCAUUCCAAGAUGACGACCCUUUCGUCUUGAAUACCUGCCCACAUCUCUUCUUCGUAGGCUCGCAGCCCCAAUUCGACACUGCGAUGAUCGAGGGGCCUGAAGGGCAAAUGGUUCGGCUAAUUGCGGUUCCUAAAUUUGCGGAGACUGGCGAGAUUGUCCUGGUGGAUUCGGAAACCUUGGAUACUUCCCUCGGCAUGGUAGCAGAAGUGCAGUUUUGUAGUAGGCUGUCGAAUAAACACUACUAUCCACAACUACCACCUACGGCAGGAGGUAUGGGGGUUGCCGAAGUUGGGCCAUUACAGAAGGAGAGUCAAACGGGAAAUGUUUCUGUACCCUCACAUAUACCAAUUUGUCACCUCACCCUAUGA